AUGUUGAAGUUCAAAUACGGUGUUCGUAGUCCCAUGGAGAUGGGCCCCAUGGAGCCUGUAGCCAGCCGUGCUUCACGGCUGAACCUGCUCUUUCAGGGGAAGCCACUCUUUGUGACUCAACAGCAGAUGUCUCCUCUCUCUCGGGAAGGCAUCCUUGAUUCCUUACUCGUUCUUUUUGAAGAAUGCAGCAAUCCUUCUUUAAUGAAAAUUAAAUAUGUAGGCAAUUUUGUAAAGAAAUAUACUGAGACAAUAGCUGAACUGAGGGAAUUGCAACCCAGUGCAAAGGAUUUUGAAGUCAAGAGUCUGGUGGGAUGUGGUCACUUUGCAGAAGUACAAGUAGUGAGAGAGAGAGCGACUGGUGAUGUCUAUGCCAUGAAAGUGAUGAGCAAGCAGUCCUUGUUGCUACAAGAAAAUGUGUCAUUUUUUGAAGAGGAACGGAGUAUAUUAUCUCGGAACAUCAGUCCCUGGAUUCCACAGUUACAAUAUGCGUUUCAGGACAAGAACCACCUCUACUUAGUUAUGGAAUAUUUGCCUGGAGGGGACUUGCUGUCACUCUUAAACAGAUAUGAGGACCAAUUAGAUGAAAGUACGGUACAAUUUUAUCUAGCAGAGCUCAUUUUGGCUAUUCACAGUGUCCAUCAGAUGGGUUAUGUACACAGAGAUAUCAAACCUGAGAAUGUUCUCAUUGACCGGACAGGACACAUUAAAUUGGUGGACUUUGGGUCGGCUGCCAAAAUGACAGUGAACAAAAUGGUUAAUGCCAAACUGCCUGUUGGUACCCCAGAUUACAUGGCACCAGAAGUGUUAACAGUGCUGAAUGGGGAUGGCAAGGCUUUGUAUGGUCCUGAGUGUGACUGGUGGUCUUUGGGAGUCAUUGCAUAUGAAAUGAUUUAUGGGAAAUCUCCAUUCACUGAAGGCACUUCAGCCAAAACCUUCAAUAAUAUCAUGAACUUCCAGAGAUUUCUGAAGUUUCCAGAGGAUGUAAAAGUCAGUAAUGAAUUUCUUGAUCUGAUCCAGAGUCUGCUCUGUGGGCAGAAAGAGAGACUAGGUUACGAGGGGCUCUGCUGCCAUCCAUUUUUCUCUAAAAUUGACUGGAAUAACAUCCGCAAUUCUCCUCCCCCCUUCGUUCCUACCCUCAAGUCUGAUGAUGACACCUCAAAUUUUGAUGAACCAGAGAAGAAUUCGCGGGUUUUAUCCUCUCCGCGCCAGUUGAACCCAGCAGGUUUUUCUGGUGAAGAUUUGCCAUUUGUAGGGUUUUCAUUUAUCAAGACACUGGGGAUCCUCAGGUCAGAGUCCGUUGUUCCGAGUUUGGACUCUCCAGCCAAAAUCAGCUCCAUGGAAAAGAAACUCCUUCUCAAGAGCAAAGAGCUCCAAGACACCCAGGACAAGUGUCAUAAGAUGGAGCAGGAAAUGACGCGAUUGCACCGGAGAGUGUCAGAGGUGGAGGCUGUACUUAGCCAAAAGGAGGUGGAACUGAAAGCCUCUGAGACCCAGCGAUCCCUCCUGGAGCAAGAUCUGGCUACCUACAUCACAGAAUGCAGUAGCUUAAAGCGAAGCCUGGAACAGGCACGGAUGGAGGUGUCUCAGGAGGAUGAUAAGGCGCUACAGCUUCUUCAUGAUAUAAGAGAGCAGAGCCGAAAACUGCAGGAGAUCAAAGAACAGGAGUAUCAAGCCCAGGUAGAAGAGAUGAGGUUGAUGAUGAAUCAGUUAGAAGAGGAUCUUAUUUCAGCUCGCAGACGUAGUGAUCUCUAUGAAUCAGAGUUGAGAGAGUCGCGAUUGGCAGCGGAAGAAUUCAAACGUAAAGCUACAGAAUGUCACAACAAGCUACAGAAGUUACAGGCUAAAGACCAAGGAAAAGCUGAAGCAGGAGAGCUGUAUACCAAACUGGAGAAGAUCAAUGCAGAACAGCAGGGCAAAAUCCAGGAACUACAAGAGAAGCUGACAAAGGCUGUGAAAGCCAGCUCUGAGGCAACUGAACUCCUUCAGAAUAUCCGUCAGGCAAAGGAGAGAGCAGAGAAGGAGUUGGAGAAACUGCAGAAUCGCGAAGACUCUAAUGAAAGCAUGAAAAAGAAAUUGCUUGAAGCAGAGGAGCGCCGCCAUUCUCUGGAGAAUCAAGUGAAGAGGCUAGAGACUGUGGAACGCAGGGAAAACCGACUGAAGGAAGAUAUUCAGACAAAGUCUCAGCAGAUUCAACAGAUGGCAGAAAAAAUUCUGGAGCUGGAAGAGAAGCAUCGUGAGGCACAAAUUGCAGCACAGCAUCUGGAGUUGCAGUUAAAACAAAAAGAGCAGUUCUAUGAAGAAAAACUCAAAGUGCUGGAAAAUCAGAUGAAAAAAGAUCUUGCUGAUAAAGAGGCACUUGAGAAUAUACUACGAAGACAUGAAGAAGAAGCACGUGAGAAGUGCAAACUCUUGGCUGAACAGAAGGCGAUGAUCAAUGCCAUGGAUUCGAAGAUUAGGUCACUGGAGCAAAGAAUAGUGGAAUUGUCUGAAGCUAAUAAGCUUGCAGCAAAUAGCAGCCUUUUUACACAGAGAAACAUGAAAGCCCAGGAGGAGAUGAUUUCAGAGCUCAGACAGCAGAAAUUCUACCUGGAAACACAGGCUGGGAAGUUAGAGGCCCAGAAUCGAAAACUGGAAGAACAGUUGGAAAAGAUCAAUCAUCAGGAACAUACUGACAAGAACCGUCUGUUGGAGUUAGAGACUAGAUUGAGAGAGGUGAGUUUAGAGCAUGAAGAACAAAAGUUGGAAUUGAAACGACAGUUAACUGAGCUGCAGCUGACCCUCCAGGAGAGAGAAUCUCAAAUUUCAGGGCUGCAGGCUGCACGGACAGCCCUAGAGAAUCAACUCCGUGAAGCUAAAACUGAACUAGAGGAGACUACAGCUGAAGCAGAAGAGGAGAUUCAAGCUCUCACGGCACAUAGAGAUGAAAUCCAGCGUAAAUUUGAAGCCCUUCGUAAUAGCUGCACAGUCAUUACAGACUUGGAAGAGCAGCUGAAUCAGCUGAGUGAAGACAAUGCAGAAUUGAACAAUCAGAAUUUCUUCCUGUCCAAGCAGCUUGAUGAGGCCUCUGGGGCCAGUGAUGAGGUUGUCCAGCUGCGAAGUGAAGUUGACCAUCUUCGUCGAGAGAUCACGGAAAGGGAAAUGCAGCUUACCAGUCAGAAACAAACGAUGGAGGCCUUGAAGACAACAUGUACAAUGUUGGAAGAGCAAGUGAUGGACUUGGAGGCCUUGAAUGAUGAACUUCUUGAAAAGGAACGUCAGUGGGAAGCAUGGAGAAAUGUUUUAGGGGAUGAAAAGUCUCAAUUUGAAUGCCGGGUUCGAGAAUUACAGAGAAUGUUAGAUACAGAGAAACAGAGCAGAGUCCGAGCAGAUCAACGUAUUACUGAAUCCCGCCAGGUGGUAGAACUAGCUGUUAAAGAACAUAAGGCGGAGAUUCUAGCUCUCCAACAAGCACUGAAGGAACAAAAACUCAAAGCUGAGAGUCUCUCUGACAAGCUCAAUGACUUGGAGAAGAAACAUGCCAUGCUGGAGAUGAACGCUCGCAGUUUGCAACAGAAGCUUGAGACAGAGCGGGAACUCAAACAGAGGCUUCUGGAGGAACAGGCAAAGCUGCAGCAGCAAAUGGAUCUGCAAAAAAACCACAUCUUCCGCCUCACUCAAGGUCUGCAGGAGGCUCUGGAUCGAGCUGAUCUUCUGAAGACUGAAAGGAGUGACCUGGAAUAUCAACUAGAAAACAUUCAGGUUCUCUAUUCCCAUGAAAAGGUGAAAAUGGAAGGCACUAUUUCUCAACAAACCAAACUCAUUGACUUUUUGCAAGCAAAGAUGGAUCAGCCAGCCAAAAAGAAGAAGGGCCUGUUUAGUCGGCGGAAAGAGGACCCUUCUUUACCCACACAGGUUCCUCUGCAGUACAAUGAGCUGAAAGUGGCACUGGAGAAGGAGAAGGCUCGUUCCGCUGAGCUGGAGGAAGCUCUACAGAAAACACGCAUUGAACUCAGAUCUGCUCGAGAAGAAGCUGCUCAUCGGAAAAUAACAGACCACCCUCAUCCAUCCACUCCAGCCACGGCUAGGCAGCAGAUCAUCAUGUCUGCCAUUGUCCGCUCACCAGAGCAUCAGCCCACUCCCAUCAGCCUGCUAGCUCCACCCUCAAGUCGCAGAAAAGAGUCCUCCACACCAGAGGAAUUCAGUCGGCGUUUGAAAGAACGAAUGCAUCACAAUAUCCCUCACCGCUUCAAUGUGGGGCUAAAUAUGAGGGCAACAAAAUGUGCAGUAUGUCUGGAUACUGUGCACUUUGGACGUCAAGCAUCAAAAUGCCUUGAAUGCCAGGUGAUGUGUCACCCAAAGUGCUCAACCUGUUUGCCAGCCACAUGUGGAUUGCCUGCAGAGUAUGCCACACACUUUUCUGAAGCCUUCUGCCGAGAUAAAAUGAACUCUCCAGGGCUGCAGCUGAAGGAGCCGGGAAGCAGUUUACGUCUGGAAGGAUGGAUGAAGGUUCCAAGGAAUAAUAAGCGUGGGCAGCAGGGCUGGGACAGAAAAUACAUUGUCCUGGAAGGAACCAAAGUGCUUAUUUAUGAUGCAGAGGCAAGAGAAGCUGGACAGAGGCCUGUGGAAGAGUUUGAGCUGUGCCUUCCUGAUGGAGAUGUAACUGUUCAUGGUGCUGUAGGAGCUACUGAACUUACAAACACUGCAAAGACAGAUGUGCCAUAUGUACUAAAAUUGGAGUCACAUCCACACACCACAUGCUGGCCUGGUAGAACCCUCUACCUACUAGCACCCAGUUUCCCUGAUAAGCAGCGGUGGGUGACAGCGUUGGAGUCAAUAGUGGCAGGAGGGAGAGUUUCUAGGGAAAAAGCCGAGGCUGAUGCUAAACUGCUUGGAAACUCUCUAUUGAAGCUAGAGGGGGAAGACCGCCUGGAUAUAAAUUGCACAAUGCCCUUCAGUGACCAGGUAGUACUAGUGGGUGCAGAGGAAGGUUUGUAUGCCCUGAAUGUAUUGAAAAAUUCCUUAACACACAUCCCAGGAGUUGGUGCUGUCUUUCAAAUCCAUCUCAUCAAGGAUCUGGAUAAGCUACUCAUGAUAGCAGGAGAAGAGCGGGCUCUUUGUCUUAUUGAUGUAAAGAAAGUAAAGCAGUCUCUAGCCCAGUCUCACCUCCCCGCCCAGCCUGAUAUCUCACCAAACAUCUUUGAGGCUGUCAAAGGGUGUCACCUUUUUGCUGCUGGCAAGAUUGAGAAUGGACUCUGCAUUUGUGCAGCCAUGCCCAACAAAGUGGUCAUUCUGCGCUAUAACGAGAGCCUGAGCAAGUUCUGCAUUAGGAAGGAAAUUGAAACUUCAGAGCCGUGCAGCUGUAUCCAUUUGACCAGUUACAGUAUUGUCAUUGGAACCAACAAGUUCUAUGAAAUUGAGAUGAAGCAGUAUACACUGGAGGAGUUUCUGGAUAAGAAUGACCACUCCUUAGCCUCUGCUGUAUUUGCUGCUUCCACCAACAGUUUUCCAAUCAGUAUCAUACAGGUGAACCCCACAGGGCAGAGGGAGGAAUAUUUGCUUUGUUUCCAUGAAUUUGGUGUCUUUGUGGAUUCCUAUGGAAGACGCAGUCGGACAGAUGACCUGAAAUGGAGUCGCUUGCCUUUGGCUUUUGCCUAUAGAGAACCCUAUCUGUUUGUGACCCAUUUCAAUUCCCUUGAAGUGAUUGAGAUUCAGGCACGUGCUUCUCUAGGCACUCCUGCACGAGCCCAUUUGGAGAUCCCUAAUCCUCGGUAUCUGGGGCCAGCAAUUUCAUCUGGAGCUAUUUACUUGGCCUCAUCCUACCAGGACAAAUUAAGGGUGAUUUGCUGUAAGGGAAAUCUAGUAAAGGAGUCCAACAAUGAACAUCACAGAGGAACUUCUGCUACACGCAGCUGUCCACGUCCAUUAUUUUUGAAUGACAGUAGCCCUAAUAAAAGAGGUCCCCCCACAUAUAAUGAGCACAUAACCAAGCGGGUAGCAUCAAGCCCAGGACCACCAGAAGGACCAAGCCACCCUCGAGAACCAAGCACACCACAUCGGUACCGAGAGGGAAGGACAGAGCUGCGCAGGGACAAGUCUCCUGGGCGACCGCUGGAGAGGGAGAAAUCUCCAGGCAGACUUCUGAGCACCCGCAGGGAAAGGUCCCCUGGGAGGUUGUUUGAGGAGAGCAGCAGGGGACGCAUGCCUGUGGGAGGUGCAAGAACACCACUCUCACAAGUUAACAAGGUCUGGGACCAGUCUUCAGUAUAAGUCUCAGCUAGACAAAUUUACUCCUCAUCUUGAUCUGCAGGAAAAACAAAGGAAAUGUACUGAGUAUAUGCGCUCCAUACUUCUGCCCAGUCAUCUAAACAGCAUUAUUGGGCCAGAACUGGCUCCAUGUCAGGAGACACAUGAUGCUUUCAAGGAUUGUCUGCAUCUCAGUUUAUUUCCCUGCACCUUCCUGCAGUCAUAUUUUUGCACUUUGUACUACUGUUACUCUUUCAAGCAGUUCAUGAACUUUUUGUACUUAGCUUUAGUCCAUACCAGUUCAUCAAGAAAAUCCAAUGGGAUGAGGAUCCCACCCCAAGUCUUUAAUGUGGUUAGCACCAUUUACCAGAUAAUAAAUCAUAGUUUGGAAAAAAACAAAGGUACUGGAAUUCUUGAUGGCCUUGUAAACUGGAAGGCCACAGUGACUGGUGUUUAAAAGACACUGAGACUGGGUAUUCUCUGCUGAACUGCAGAGAAUUAAUCCAGAUCAGUUUGUUCACCUGUCACUUUCCAAAACUCUUACCACAACUGCCCCAAUGCAGCUCUGUGUUCAGCUGAUUGACAGGGAAAGGGAGAUCCCCUGACUGAUUAGUCACUGUCCCCAUGUCCAAAGACAAAGUGCAUUCUUUCCAACAUACUGGGGUGUAAGACUCUUUAUCCAGGUCCUCUGCAUGGCAGUUCACUGCAUGCUGCUGCACCAUCACUCUGGCCGCUCUCUCCUUUUAGGUUGCUUUGCUAAGUAUUGUAUUGUACCUCACCUGUAAAUUAAUUGAAGCCUUUAGAGUAUGCUGCAAAAUAAUUGCCAUUAUUUACUGGGGAAUUUGGCAAAGAAAAGUUGCAAUCCUUAUUAUACGACAAGAAUCACUGUUGCUGCUUCUUGCCUUCUCAAUAUUAAACACCAUCCCAUUCAGAAAUUGUAUCACAAUCCCUACAGUCAUCUCCCCAGGACAGUGGCCAGUUUGGCUCUACCACCAAGAAAGCAUGAAAGCAGCAGUACACAAUUGUCAACUCAAAGCAAAAUCCUUCUUGCCUGUUUGGGGGCUGUAUCUUGUCGUACCAUAAGAAGUAGGAGCCAUGGCACUAGAGGAUACUUGCAAUAAACAGCUUUUGCAAUUACCCAACAUCUCACGUUUUCUUUUUUUUUUUUUUUCUUUGAAGCAAGCCAUUUAUUGCUUCAUAUUCUCCUUUGCCAUGAAUUUUAUCCCUUAUAAUUAAGGCAGAGAGCAAAUGAUUUUCAAGGCAGGUUUUGACCAUUCAGUCUGCUUUGGCAACAUUCUUAGUGAACAACCAUGUUCUCUAUAAAUGGAAAAGAGCAAAACUGCAUCCAAUUUUCCCUUUGGCCAAGUUCUAUAUCUUCCGCUUGUCCCUUGCCAGCCAGUGCUAACCUGUUCUAGACCCCCAUAAAACACAAAUGCCUUGUCAGUGUCCUUUGGCGAGUUUCAUGGAUAUUGUAUUCUGUUCUCUUGUCUGUUGGGUUAUUUUAGACCAGAUGAUUUGGCAGGAAACUUGCUGAAACUUUUGUCUCCUGGUCUGAGUAUUUUGAAAGGUCACUGAGAUCAGUCUUUAAAUCUUUGCAUCUCACGGAAAAUCUUCAUGACCUGAGAUAUGGGCUUGUCGAGUCCUGAAAGUGUAUACCUUGUGUCUUGUUUGUGAAAUGCUUCCUGCUAUAGAAAUAGCUCAAAGGACUGUAAAUAUUUACAAGAAACUUUAUAUUCGUAACAAAAGGGAAUUGAAUCAGUUUCUACUUUUUUAUUGUAAACUGUGCAUUUUUCAACACUAGCUUUUUUGUUUUAAUGGUGGUUGUGGACAGCCAUCUUCAGAUGCUGGAGGGGCCUCAGCUUAAUCCUCCCAGAGCCCAUGAAGAAAUAUUGUACCAUCAAAUUGCAAUUGAAAGCUUGUUAGCAUUAAUGAGGUUUUAGGUAUCAAAAAGUGCAGGAUUUUUUUUCUUCAUUAUCUUUUAUUAUCGACAAGCAAGGGAACCAGAGGAUCAGUUCAAGCUCCACCGGGAAAGUAUUGAACUUUGUUGUUGAACAAUAACCAAAUAAAACAAAUAAUAUUGACCGGCAUGGUGAAAUGAACGUUUCCUUCCAUGUAAAAUACCACUAAGCCAUCCUAACAGAGCAGCCAGCAGUAGGAGCUAUAUUAUCUAUAGGAGUAUAAGCUUACCAAAGAGCUAACCUUAAGAAUAUUCAGCCUUUUAGUACCCUGAGCAAGUAGCAUAAGUGACUUCAGAAAGUUAAAGCAUGUUGAUGUGAACUGAGAGGUGGGAUUUACCUUUUUUUUUUUCAUUUACUAUAGCAGCAGUCAGCUGCAAACACCUUGAGCUGAAUUCUGCCCUCAGAUACCCACCCACUGACAUUGGUAGAGAGGCAUGUGAGUAUCUGGAAGAAGAAUCUGGCCCCUGGUAAACAACUCUCAGAUUUUUGAGCCAGGAAAGCACUUUUAAUUACCAACAACAUAAUCUGAUGAUGGGUUCUGGAGCUAUCCUGGCAAUGUACCAAUAGCAAAGGGAACAGAGUUAGUUCAUUCAUCCCACCAUUUUAAUAGUCUGGUGCUGUAAUGCCUAAGAGCUGCAAUUUUUUAAAGACCAACAAAUAUAAUUCAGAUUGUACUCAAUCUGCCAAGUUACUGUACAUCUUAAUUUACACCUGGUGGGAAAACUCUCUAGAUCAGACUUAAAAUGUAAAUACAUCUAUUUUUAACAAAACCAAUUUUUACAGGGUCUGAAGUAUUCUUUCACAGGAAGAGUUUUUAAUAUGCACUGCUGCCUACAGUAACUUAAUUUGUCCUCCUACAGAUCAGUGUUUUUGGUUUUGUGCAUAUAACCGCCCCCAAUAAAGGUUUUUGUUGGAGGGUGUGGGGGAGGGUUACUAAUAGCUACUGUUACAUUUUGGUCUACAUGACAUUUUUCAUGGAAAUGCUCUACAUCAAACCAAACUGCUUGAUUUAUCUAUUGUGCCUACUAUCUGAUGUAUAUGAUGAAAUGCUGACUUGUUAAAUGUUCCUUUAUUUCUAUUUUAAUGUGCACACAGAAUACUUAUUUAAAAGUCAUUGUUUCAGUCCUAUGAUGCAUGAUCAGAAUUGUAAAACUAAAAUAAUCCAGAAACUGGUGAAGUAAAAUAUUUACUAAGCCUUUUGAUUAUCAAGAACACUGCACAAAUUCUCACUGGCUCAUUAACCCACCUUACUGCUGAAAAUAACUGGGGGCAACGAAAACUUUAUUUUGCAGUGGCUACACUGUCAUGGGUUUAUUCAAAUAGACUAAGGUUAUUGUCCCGAAGUGAAUGUAACAAGGAGCUGUGCAUCUACCUAAAACUGUAGCCUCCUAGCAACAGCCAAAAAUAAACAUAACAGUACAGAUUGUGAGCUGUGGGUGGGAGAAUAUAAAGUAGCAGCUAAUAAAUCCAACUCUUCACCCAGCUUUGGUCUUUGGAGGAAUUUCAUUCUUCCAGUAACUGAACAGAAUGCGAUUAACCCGAUUCAUUCACCUAGUGUAGGAAACUAACAGAAGAAAACCCACCAAAGCAAGGCCUCCCUGGCUUCUCCCCUCAAAGGAGAGAACAAACAUCUGGUGGAUUAAUUACAUUACUCAUGGCACUGGGGUGGUACAAAACCCCAUAUUAAAUAGAAUCCAAUUCUUUAACAAGGACUGAAUUUGGCAGGACACUUGUGGGUUUUUUGUAGUUAAACACCUGGUUGCUGUGAUGUUUUGGAACUUUUGUGCGUGGUUGGAGUAGUCAUGCGUGCAGCACAUUCCCUGAGUGACAUUUCAGGUAGUGCUGUUGCUUUCCAAAAGGUCAAAACUAAAGAACACAGCAUGUUGUCAAAUAAAGUGUGAAUCACUCCUCAGUGUACAGCUUCAAUGCUUAAGAUGAGUUUGAAUCAAACCUCCUGUUCUGUUAGAGUGCACCCAGUACUACUGGAAUGCUGUGCAGUAUGAUCUCUUUCAUUAUGCCUUAUGAGUUGGUGCAGGUAUUGUCAUUUGCUUGUCAAAGACAAGUCUUGCCUAUAUAAAGCAUACACUAGAUUUUGGGCGUUUUGCAUUUCACCUGUUUGGUGGAUAGAAUGACUGACCUGUACUGACAGUUUAAUAGCAUUGUCCUGCAGCUGAGCUGGGGGAGACACCGGUUUAGAGUCCCUGGACAAGAGCUGAAUUUUGC